AUGACCUUGGGGGAUUUGGCAUUUGGAACCAUCACCUUGUUCCAGAGCGCAGCUGGAAUCUUGGGGAAUAUCUGGCUUCUUUAUCACUGUUUUUAUAUUCACUUUGCGGGAUGCAAGUUCAAGCCUACAGACUUGAUUCUCAAGCACCUGGCAUUAGCAAACUCCUUGCUGAUCCUCACCAAAGGAGUCCCCCAGGUGGUAGCAGUAUUUGGAUCCAACUCUUCCUACAGUGAUUUUGAAUGCAAACUUGUCUUCUAUCUUUACAGAGUAGGCAGGGGUGUGUCGUUUGGGGCCACCUGUCUCCUGAGUGUCUUUCAGGCCUUCACAAUCAGCUCCUGGAAGCCCAGGUGGAUGGCACUGAAAGUCAAAGCUUACAAGUACAUCGACUUCUUCAGCCUCCUGUGCUGGAUCCUACACAUGCUGAUAAACAGCAUCUUUCCCAUUCGUGUGGUAUAUAAAUGGAACAACAAAAACAUCACCAAGGAAACCAGUGUUGGAUACUGCCUGGGUAUCAGUCAAGGCAAAAUCAGAGAUUUGCUGCUGGAGGCCAUUUUCUACCUUCCUGGCUGUCUGAGUCUAGGACUCAUGCUGUGGGCCAGCAGCACCAUGGUUGUGAUCCUGUACAAACAUAGGCAACGUGUGCAACACAUUCACCAGACCAACCUCUUCCCAAGACCCUCUCUGGAGACUAGAGCCAUCCAAAGAGUCCUCAUUCUUGUGAUGAGUUUUGUGACAUUUUAUGCUCUCUCUUCUUUCUUUUCCAUUUAUGUGGCACUCACUGAAAAUCCCAGUCAGUCGCUGUCGUGA